UUUACUGCAGAAAAUGGCGUUUUACACAAGGUGUUUGCAAGAUCUGCCAAAUAUUACUAUUAACGAUGUCCACCGCAUCAUUCAAGCCUCCUCUUCUGCACCAAGAAGUAAGCGUGAGAAGGGGUUUAAAAUGUAUGUAUCCAGUUACAUCGAUAACUACGAAGAUCGUCUUUGUGGAUUCAUCCCCUGUUGAGAUGUGCAAUGCUGAGUGUUCAUGUGUGGCUGGAACAGCACUGUGCAAUCAUACUGUUGCACUUCUUUACCAAACUGCGCACUAUUCCCAACUGAACCUUACGGCAGUCCCCCCCGUUCUGAGUUGCACUGAGACAGAACAACGCUGGCACAAGCCAAGAACUAUGGGUGUGAAACCAGGUAGAGUCGGUGACAUGGUGGUAGAUUCUACCAAGCCAAAGCAGAGGACUGUUGCUGAUGGUGUAAGGCUUGAGCCCACCAGCUGCCAGUUUGUUUGCAGUCACCAACAGCAACUACAUCUGCAGUCACUGGAGACUACGUUGGACAUGGCCAGGAGAAUAGAAGCUGCCACAAGGAAACAGAGUGACUCUGUGGAGUGGUACAGAUUCUAUAUGACCGGAAAUAAGUAUGCACACACUUGCGCCCCGGAAGUUAAAGGGCGCCAUCUUGUGCAACGAGCCCAAUACCGAGAGAUUGAGGGUUCCCCUGGCAAUGAGGGAUCGCGAGGUUCACCAGGACGUGCAUAUCAGUGA